GGGCUGGGCCGGGCCGGGCCGGGCGGCGGAAGGGGCGGGCGGUCGCGCGAGGCCGAGGCCGAGGCGUGAGGCAGCCAUGGGCCGCAAGAAGAAGCAGAAGGGGGCGAACGGUGUGGCGGCGCGGCUGGUGGUGACUUUCGACGAGGAGCGGCGGAGGGAGUACCUGACCGGCUUCCACAAGCGGAAGGUGGAGCGGCGAAAGGUGGCCCUGGAGGAGAUCAGGCGCAAGCUGAAGGAGGAGCAGAGGAAGAUGAAGGAGGAGAGGCACAAGGAGUACCUGAAGAUGCUGAGUGAGAGAGAAGAGGCGCUCGAUGAGGUUGAUGAACUGGAGCACCUGGUGACGUCGCGGACGGAGUCUGUGAACAUCGACCACCCAAACCACAUUGUAACAGUGACCACCAUCAGUGACUUGGAUCUCUCGGGCACACGCCAGCUGGGACUGACCACCCCUGAGGGAAAAAGUAUCGGAUCAGAAGUAAAGGGGGAAGAGGUUGUGAACAAGCCCACAAGAACGCUUCCCAAAAAGUCCAGAAAUCCCUUCCUGUCUGAAAAGAUCUCAUCACUCACUGCCUCACUGCACAUGCACAGCCAGAAAAAGACGAAAGGAAAGCGACCUCAACAUGGGCAAGGCCCACGCAAGAAAAUCCAGAAGCCCAGCACAAGGCGAACCACUAAGACUCAGCGCCGGAGACUGACUGGCAAAACAGGACGUGACCAAGAUUAAGGGAAGAACUAGUGCUUGCACCAGCAGUUGGGACAGCUUCUGCAUCUGGCUGGUGGCUCCUUAUAGCCCAUUUGUCAUGAGCAAGGGCCUUGUUUACUUGACUUUCUGACCAGCGAUGAGUCCCGCUUAGCUGUCCUCUCACCUCCUCAUCUGAGCGCUGGCCAGGGUCAUUGGACGCUCUUCCCAUUUGUUUGUGCAGUGAUCUACAACUAAGAGCUUGGGUGCUGUGGAAACUCUCAAAACUUCUGCUCGGGUUCAAGCUAUAAACUAAGUAAGAUUCUCUGUUUAGCACACAAUCCUCCUGUCCCUGGACCUUCCUUUCCAGAGCUGAUACUUGGCUUUAUUAAAAGAGAGGAUCUAGGGUUGAAUGCAACAGGCAAAUCACUAGGGAAAGUUAUGAGACUAGGAAGAGUUCUGCUUCCACUUGUACACAGUGCCUUGGUGUUUCAUAGAGGCAUGGUUUCAUGGUUUCUCCUUGUCUUCAUUUCUUUUCCAGUGCCACAACUGAGUGAAGGGAUGCUUUUUUUUUUUUUUUUUUUUUUUUUUGGGGGGGGGGGUACCUAUCUCAGGUGAGAUUUGGUGACUUUGAGUAAAUUUUUAUAAAGUCUUUCUGCUAAGGGGGGGGCAGGGGGAAAGGCAUGUGUGAUUUAUCUGGAGUGGAACAGCAAUAGUGCUAGUAUCAAUAUUGACUAGGAAGAGGGGAGAUAAUUCCUAUUGCUUAAAGGAUCUUGAAAUCCACUGGUGCUCAGGAAAGAGAAUAGCCAGGAGCUAUUUCUGUGGUAUACAGAACUAGCCAGAGCAGGAAUGGUUCAUUUCUUUGUCUGCUGAAUGAGCUGAUCUUAAUUCCGAUAGCUCAGAGGAGUACGAAAUCCCUUAAUGCCCUUGCUGUAUGUGUGUGGCUCUCUCCAUGAUGGGAAUGGCAGAGGCUGCCUUUCACCUCAGCACUGUUGCAGUGAUGAGCAGUUGCCUUUCUUCUUGGAACCUCAGUACAUGUGUUUUAGCAUGGGUGCUUCCAGCAGGAAAGAGCUGCUUGCACAGUUGGAGCUGAGGAAUGCCAGUGACAAAACUGGGAGUGAAUUCUGUAAGGAAGCUAGGAGACUGAGCCUAGGCAGUAUGCUGACCUGUUGCCCGGAGUAUCUGUAGGAAAUGGUGUCCAUUGUGCCUCUGUCAGCUCUUUACCCAGCCAUCUUCCCUGGACAGGGCCUCCUCCCUUGCCACAUGUGUACUGUGGAAGAAAUGACGAAGGGAAAAAUGGUCCAUGUGGCCAAAUGCCACACCAGAAAGUUGGAAACCUGGCACUGAGUGAAUAGGUUUCCCCAUGCCUGAACCUGUGAGGGAGAGUAACCAGUGCCUGAGGCUUCAUGAAGGAACUUGGGAGCAAUCAUGAUGGCCAGCAGCCUCUAAAGCAAGUGGUGUUUUCCUCUCUGUGUGUUGGAGGCAGAGAAUCUUACUUAGUUUAUAGCCUGUAUGAUCUCAAUCCUUUUUCAGCAGCUACACAACUUAUAGUAGAGCAUCUUCCUCUGGAGGGAGCUGUGUGAUGCACAGAUAAUUGCAGUAAGGAAUGAGGCACUGGGGUACUUUCUGGCCUUACUUCCUCCUCAGAAAAAAGUAGACAGCAAGGAGGGAGAUUCUGUUACCCCAUGUGGUGCCCUGAGUACUGGAACUCUGCACAUCUCAGCCUGGGCUGAGACUUGGCACACUCGGUCACUAAUCCAGAAUAGUCUUGGUCACAUCAUGGGUGUUCAGCAUGUGUGGUUUCCUUAUCUCCAAAAUAGGUGCAAUGGCUUUUCCUGUGCUGUCUGUGAGAGUGCCAGCUCCAGAAAGCUCACGGGGUUUAAUGUGCUACCUUACCAGUUUUCCUGGCUUCUCUUAGGGCCCUUGAAAGCUGCAGUAAUACAACUCGGGGGCAAGGCUGAAAGUGUCUUGUAUCAGAAUUGAAUCUCAUCCUAGGUGUGUGUCUAGGACAUGCCAUAUGCAGAGUACAAAGCAUUUCUUAUUCUGAUUUGGAAAUUAUAUGCUAUAGGGCUGUUCUCAGGCUGCUGGGUUUUAGAGGUGUAUAGGGAGAGAAGGAGAAGGAAGUUCUGUUUGGAGUGAUGCACCAUGCAAAGGGGACUGUGGCUCAAAGCUGGAGGACAGUGUGUGACACACUCAGUUGGGGAAGGCUGUGUUGUUAGUUUUAGUGGACAAUAUAAAGAAACUGCAGAGGCAGGUCUGGAGGAAUGAGUAGUAAUGAAGAUAAGACAAUUUGGUUGGGUCAGUUCACCACUAGGACAGCAGCAGGUCUAUGCUGUACAGCAGCUUCUCCCCCAGACAUUGUGCCUUACAGAGUGACAGUAGGCAGACUGAGACUUACAUUUACUCCUGACCCAGGAGUUUGCUGUAGAACUGGAAUGGCCAUUUUCAAGGAAGUUCACAGUUCAUGUAUUUUUCACAACUGUAAAAUCUGCUGAAAGGUGGAGUGUGAACUUGGAGUUGGGUUGCCUUCCUGAGCCUGUACAAGGCCUGAAAUGGUAGCUGAGACAGCACUGAAUUACCUCAUUAUAAUCCUAAAGGGAUGUUAAGACUGACCUCAACAGCACUUCAGUGUUGAUUUUUGUUAUUUUGUUGACAACUGAUCUAGAAGAAUCAUUCUUCUAGUCGUCUUUUUCCCUGGCCCUAAUAACUUCUGAGUCUUUCCUCAAGUGUCACUUAAAAUCUCCAAUGGCCUCUCUUCCAUGCUCUGAAAACUCCCAGUCCCUGCUGGAAGCUGUGUUUUCACAUUUAAGAAGAGAGGAGAGAUUAAAAAAAAUAAAUAAAUAAAAAAAGGCAUAUGGAAAAACUGAAAUCAGAACUGUUAAAUCCUAUAUGCAGUUAACAAUCAGUAUUGCUCACCCUGUCAUUGAUUUCUCCAUUUGAUUGAUUAAAGCUUUAUUUUGUAACAUAAA